AGUGUGAAACGAACCAACAACUAAAACGAAACGAACGCGCGCGUAAAGCACAAACAAAAACACAAAAGCCAGCAAAGCAUCCACAGAAUAAGUAAAAGAUAUGAAAAUCACGCAUACAAAUUAACAUUUAGUCCUCUACACACCUGAUCGUCACACAGUAGUAUAUUAUAAACAACAUUCUCGAUAUAUCAAAUUAACAAUAAUUGUGUGAGAAAUCCACAUUUCUAAGCCGAUUGCAUUGAGCAUUAACGAGUCCGAAACAAAAGAAUCCACAAGUAGCCGAACGAGCGUAUGAGCAGCAUAAAAAUAAAAAUCCAUAUGUGUAUGUGUAUGUAUAUAUGUAUGUAGAGGUAGCACCUGUAUACGUGUUCGCGGAUCCACUAGAAAUACGCGACAACUGCAUUCGACAUUGGAUGAACUGUAAAACGUAUCGCAUACGUACAUACAUAUAUAUAAAUAUAAACUUGUUCAAUUUCUUUUUCGGAUUUAAUGAUCGACUGCAAUUGGAAUUAUUUGCAAACCUUGCAGCUUAUCCAAUGAUGGCCUACGAUAUUAGCAUAAAGAUCGAUAACUCUGAAAUGCCAGCGAUAGAAACUUGAUCGAUAAUUGAGAAGGCAGUUAAAAUCAAAAUAAGAACAUCAACCAAAAGUUACAACUUUCGCGUUUCAGUGAAAAAUCAGCAAAUUAACUAAUUACAAAGCAUCCAAGCUAAACUAACUCUAAGUUAAGCAGAAGUCAACAAAUAAACAAGCAACAGCAACUGUAGCAAACCCAAUUACGUAGCAAAUAAAACUUAACUAAAAACGAAAUUAAGCGAAACGAACUAAAAGUUAGAUUUAAUACAACAACACAAACCAAUGCAAAUGAAGCAAAAGCAACAACAGCAACAACAACAGCAGCAACCGCAACAAUUGAGCAGUAAAUCAAUGCGCAACAUACGAAAGCAUAAAAAGCUCAAAGCGUCUACAACAAUUAGUAGUAGAAAUUAGUAGAAAAUAGCAGAGGAAGAAGAAGAACAAGAGGAGGAGUUAGUGAAGCACAUCCUGUAGGAAGAAGCAUUGAGCAUGCAACAGGCUGAUCAACUAACGCAACAACAACUACAGCUACAGCAACAACAACAGCUACAGCUCCAACAGCAACAGCAACAACAACAGCAACAGCAGCUGCAACAAAAUGGCGGCGAUAUGGCCGCCUAUGCCGCUGCCCAGGCCGCCGCCGGCAUCAAGCGCGCCCCAAUGAGCGGCGGCCGCUUUGACUUUGAGGACGGCGGCACUUACUGCGGCGGCUGGGACGAGGGCAAGGCCCAUGGACACGGCGUCUGCACUGGGCCGAAGCAUCAGGGCGCGUAUGCUGGCGCCUGGAAUUAUGGCUUUGAAGUAUCCGGAUCGUACAUUUGGCCCAGCGGAUCACACUACGAGGGUCAGUGGCAAAAUGGUCGUCGACAUGGUUUGGGCGUGGAGCAGAUUGGCCGGCAGAUCUACCGUGGCGAAUGGUCAAAGGACGGGCACAAGGGGCGCUACGGUGUGCGGGAGAGCACUGUGUCGACGGCCAAGUACGAGGGCACCUGGAACGAAGGCUAUCAGGAUGGUUCCGGUUGCGAGACCUACGCAGAUGGCGGCAAGUACCAGGGCCAGUGGCAGGAGGGCAAGCGGCACGGCUAUGGCAUACGCACCUCGGCGCCCUUUGGCCUCGCCUCGCAUCAUCGACGCAAGAAUCUGCACGCCUCGUUGAGCUCCCUGCGCAGCGCCGAGAACGGCAAUGCCAUCAAGGUGCCCGAGAAGACCGAGGAGAUACGCGGCGGCUUCGUGCUGACCGCCAAGUCGGAUAAGCUGCCCGUGCGCCGCAACAGCCUCACCGAGAAGACGAAGAAGGGCUUUCUGAUGGGGCUGAAAAUGCGUAAGCAGCGCAGCACUGGAGAUUUGGAAAAACGUGGCACUAUCGCCUCCGGCAGCAUAAGGUCCACGAUGUCGUCGGCCUCAUGGAUUAGCACCGGAUCCGAGCAGUCCAACUUGACAACGAAAUCUGCGCACACAGAAUCCAAUGCCAGUUUUACCAUGGAGGAUGAGCAGCUGGAUCCCACGGUAGUGGAGACCUACAUGGGUGAAUGGAAGAAGGACAAGCGCUGUGGUCACGGUGUUGCCGAGCGCAGCGACGGACUCAAAUAUGAGGGCGAGUGGUACAACAAUCGCAAGCACGGCUAUGGCGUGACCACGUUUCGCGAUGGCACCGUCGAGGAGGGCAAAUACAAGAACAACAUAUUGAUCAGCAGCCAGAAGAAAAAGCAUUUGUUCCUGGCGCGUUCGCGCAAAUUCCGUGACCGUAUCACGGCCGCCGUUAAUUCCGCGCAGCGUGCCCUCAAAAUGGCCAUGCAGCGCUCCGACAUGGCCAUCUCGCGCAUGGCCACAGCCGCUGCCAAGGCCCAGAACGCGGACAUCGCUGCCGAGCAGGCACGCAUCGAUUGCGAGAACGCCGUGCGCAUGGCACGCGAGUUUGCGCCGGACUUCAAGCCCUCGGUGCUGGAGCGUUUCGAGAAGCUGCGCUAUCGCGAGCGCGAGCGCUACCGCGCGCCCCCUAGCCAAAACAAUAUGGACUUGAGUCUGGGCAUGUCGGCUGGCGGCAAGUCGGCGACGUCCAUGCAGCAACAACAGCAGCAGCAGCAAUUUUCGCCGGCCAGCAGUGGCGGUGGCUCCGGCUCGGAUGCAUAUGCCACGCAGGCGCAGCGACAGCAGCAAUAUGUGAACAUGCAGCAGCAGCAGCGGCGCAUGUCGCAGCAGCAACACGAGUCGGAGUGCCCGGUGCCCUCGUCCAUGUAUUCGCAACAGCUGCCCGUCUCGCCGCAGACGGAUCUCUCCGGGAUGGUGAGCCAAGCGCAGCCCAGCCAUGCGCAGGUCGUCAGCGCCAUCAAUCAAAUGUAUCACCAGCAGCAGCAUCAACAGCAGCAGCAGCAGCAGCAACAGCAGCAACAGCAGCAACAGCAGCAGCAAUUGCAACAGAACAAUCCACAAAUGAAUCCUGCAUAUCAGUUCCAGCAGCAGCAGCCGCCUGGCGGCGUCAAACUGAACCAGCAGACGCCUUUUGGCGCCGGCAAUCCCAAUGUGGCGUCCAGCAACAUGAGCAACAUGUCGCCGCAGCAGCAGCACCAACAGCAAUUGAUGCAGCAGCAGCAACUACAGCAACAGCAGCAGCAACAAAGACUCUACCAGCAGCAACAGCAGCAGCAACAACAACAGCUUCAGCAGCAGCAGCAGCAGCCCUCUCUGCAAUCCUCGCCUAGUCAUAACAGUGCCACCCUGUUGCGUCGCGCCUCCCAGCAGCAGCAACAACAGCAGCAUCAGCAGCAGCUGGCGGAUGCUGCCGCCAAUGCCGCCGCCAUGGCCGCGGCGCAGCAGCAGCCGCGCGGCCAGCGGCCACCCAUGCUCGGCCAGAUGGGCCAGCAGUCGUCCAUCGAUCACUUUGACCACUAUAAGAGGCCGCCCAGCCGGGACUCGUCCAUCGAUCGCUAUGCGCGGGCGGCGAGCCGCAUGAGCGGCGGCUUUGCCGGCUCCCGUCAGGCCUCGCUAGAUCGCACCGGGCUGGCCGACACGAUGCCCAAUGGCGGCGGCGGUGGGGCCAGCACUCCGGAUGGGCGUCCACGUGCGGGCUCAGUAUUUCGGGGCACUACGCCGGUGCCGGGCGCAACAAGCGCCACUGUGAACUCGUCCAUGACCGGCAAUGGUUCGCUGCCCUCAGGCGCCGGCGGGCGUUUGUCGCGUGCCGGCACGCCCAGCUUGGGCAGUGGCGGUGGGCGUGCGCCCAGCCAAAGCAAUGCGGCGGAGCCGCUCUUCUCGUCGCCCAAUCAGCCCUUCGAGGACGUGCUGUUGCGUCAACGCACGCUCGGCCAGGAUAUCAUUCCCUCGCCCUUGCAACCCAAACGUACGGAAAGCUUAUAUCUGCCAGCUAAGCCCGCGACACCGGUGGGCGUGGCCAUGGGCGGCAAAGGCGGUGGUGGCAAGAAAAUGAAGACGGUGCCCAUCAAUGUGACGCUGCAGCGGAAGAAGUCGAUGCCCGACUUCCAGGAGCUGCCGCGCGCCACGGAGGCGAUGAGUCGCGAGGAGGUCUCCGCCCUGGGCUCGGCACGUCGCGAGGCCGUGCGUCGCCAGAUCGAAGUCAACGAACGCCUGAGGGCGAAUCCCUUGCUGUAUUUGGUUAGUCCGCAAGUUAAGGAUUGGUUUGUGCGCCGCCAGCUGAUGCUGCUCGUGCUCUUUGUCAAUAUACUAUUGGCGCUUUUAUUUGUCAAGAUGGUUACCUAGCGCCGGAUGCGCAACGCCACACGGAGCCGAACCAGAGCAACAGCCAGGAGACCAGCAGCAGUCGCAGCAGCAGCAACACCCGAAACGUUUUGGAGCCAUUGUGCUGUGCAUGCAGUCAACUCUCGUACAGUUUGGGAGCCAUUGUUACGCGCUUGUGGUGGAUUUGAAUUUGAAGCUGGUGCUGCCGCUGCUGCUGCUACAGUUCGAGUGCCACUGCGCGUUCUGUGUGGUUAAACAAAUUUUUUUUUGUGGAGCUAAAGCUAACAAUUUUUAGCAUUUGCACUAAACAGAUUUAUAUAAAUAUAUAUAUAUAUAUACAUAUUAAAAUAUAAACAUAUAUUUAAACAUACUAUAUGUAUAUCAAUAUGUAUAAUAAACAUAAAUCGAAUUAAACACUAGACUGCAGCCAAAUUGAAAAUGAAAACAAAAAUGACUCAUAAAUAAUAAUAAAAGCAACAAAAAAGUAAAUGAAACGCAAAACUGCAUUGCACAACUCGUAGUAAAUUAAAUGUUUAAACAAUAAAUGACUGCAUAAAACAAAUUUGACAAGCCAAUAAUUUGUAUUUGUGGCUAAUGAAAUGAAAUAACACAAAUAGUUAAACAAAAACAAAAAAACUAUACGCAAAUCAAUUUAACGAAUUUUUCUACACAUUUAAUGUAAAAGUAAUAUACUUCACAUACAAACAUAUGUAUGUACAUAUAUAUAUAUGUAUAUGUAAACAAAA